AUGGCGACCCCGCACGUCCUCUACUACUGCUCUUGCAACCAGGUUCACGGCAACGUCGCCUCCACCUCUUCGCUAGCAUCUCCGCCGCCCGGUCUACCUGCCCGUUCAACCGCCUCGCGAUACGCAUUUCAGCCGCUCGAGUCGCUCUACUUUUGCGACGAAUGCGAUCGGAUCAGAUGCAAUCGCUGCGUCACCGUCGAUAUCUCGAGCUACUACUGUCCAAAUUGUCUCUUUGAAGUGCCAGGAGCCAGCGUCAAGGCUGAAAAGAACCGAUGUUCACGCAACUGCUUCGAGUGCCCUUGCUGCCAGCACACGCUCUCGGUCGUAGCCAGUGACCUCAACAACUCUGCCGCUCGCAGUCUCGAUCCUACCGAUCCAGCUGCAAGCCAGGGCGAGCCACCCUACUAUCUCGCCUGCUCCGUCUGUCGUUGGGAUUCCAAGUCCGUGGGUCUCGUUUUCGAGAAACCCACCGGUCUCAGUCUGCAGCUGCAGAGGUCGGAAGAGAAUGCAGCCGACGUGCUCGAGUUCGAUCGGAUCAAGGAUCACUUUGAUCCAUACCUCAAGACGCAAACCCAAGCGGCCAUCACCUCUGCCGCGGUUGGUUCAGGCAGCUCCUCCCGUACCCGUCCUCUGCCCGCUUCGUCUUCCUCCGCAGCGGCGGUAGCCCCCUCUGCUACCAAACCCGCAACUUCGAGCCGCAGCGCAAGAGCCGCGGCCGCACGCAACGCCGCCACUGCCGCGCUUCAGUCGUCCAAGCUGUUGCGCGAUCUUCCACACCUAGCGCACCCGAGGCACCCCGCACAUUCCGCACGCUCGGCUCCCACUGAGCCAGACGAGCUCAAACCGUAUCGUGCUCUGAAUCCGUGGCAACCUCCUCGAGAUGACCGCAGCCGUUCCGGUGCACAGUCUGUGCCAUCCAUCGGUGUCGUUGCCAAACGCGAAAAACAUCGAAGAGACUACAUAGCUCGCAUCCAGUCGAGCUCCAGCCAGCCUUUCGCUUCACUUGACGACAAGAUCACAUCCCUCGAGCAACGAUGGUCUUCGGUCUCGAUAGCCGAUCAGCCAGUACGUGUGGCGGAGCUCAGACCGACCAGAGUCGCGCUCAAGUCCAAAAUCUCCAAGAGAUGCCCCGCUUGUCGACACAUCGUCAUUAAACCAGAUAUUAAGGCAGCCUCGAAUCGAUUCAAGAUCAAGCUCGUUGCCCUCAACUUUUUGCCCGAGUUUCAGAUCAGUCUGGCCAAUCAACAACCCCAUCUCGACCCUCUGCGCUUUCGUUCCGCCGGCACUGCGGGUUCAAACACGGUCGGCGCAGGCUUGACAGCGAGCGCCUUGAGACGAAGACCUGCGUCGGUGCUGCCGUCGGCCACAGACCCCGUCGGCAUCACUUCGUCUAUCUUGACCUCGUCGCAGGACAUCGACGUCAACAAUCUAGUCGCUGGCCAGACGUACAGCUACCAGAUCGCCGUGACCAACCCCUUGGAUGAUCCAGUGCAGGUCGAAAUGAGCUUCGUGCGCUUCGUCGAUCCGUCUCUCGGCGGGGGCGCUGCAGCGGUGCCGCCUCUGCCCGAAUCAAAAUACAUUUUUUCCUCGCAGCCUUCCUCAGGCACCUCAUCGGCUCAUCCGACGCAAGUCACAGCUGGCGAGCAGCCACAACGGUUGAGUCGGCGUCCGCGGUUCGGAUGGCAGGCGUAUCCGUCGGCAACAACCAUUCCACUUAAUGCAUUCAACGAAGUCUGGGACCUUGAAGAUGCUGAAGAUAUCUACAGCAAAAGCGAGUUUCAAGUGCAGUCUCAGUCCACGGAUGAAGCUUCACCACAUCGUCAUGCCGUCAAAACCGCCGUCAUCGAGGAUGUUGAACGAGCCGCUAGCGAGCCGGCGUGGGUGAUUCAAGAGCAUGAAGACGACGACGACGCAGGCAGAGCAUCUCGCACCGUAGGACGAGGACGCAAGCCGUUCAUUCAAAAGGGCCACACCACCACUUUCUACCUCGACCUCGUCCUCUCGGCUACUGCAACCCCAGGCCCUGUAGAGCUGGCCAUGCAUGUCACCUAUCGCUAUACCGGUACUGCUUCCACGAGCGACCAGGCAUCGGGUGGCCAGAUGACAGGCUCAGUCGGUAAAGACUUUUCUUUCUGGACCUCAAUCACACUCGGCACGGUCCCCCGAGACCAGUAG